GAACCAAAAGGCAAGAUUUUAAUGGGAAAGACAGGCUAAUUGAGGAGGUUAGAAACUAUACAUGUGAAUGUGGAUGCAUCUCUCUCUAGCCUCUUACGCAAAAAUUGUGGGUGAUAAGAGAGGCCACACAAACAAAACAACCCUCACGAAUAGAAACUGCUCCAUCGAUCAACAACGUCCAUGAAUUGCGUGCUCCCAUCCUCGAUGUAACCUACAGACAUAUACCUACCUAUCAGCUCCUGCUUUUUCUCAGAUUUUCUUCUUGAAAUCCUCGGAAACAAGCUACGUCCCUCCUCCUUCGGUUCUGUCCCUUCUCUGUCUCAGAUACGAUCCGAUAUGGAAAAUCAAGCGGACGAGGCGAGGAUGUUCGACAUGCGCGUGUUGAAGACCAACCUUCCAAAUAAAAGAGGGUUGUCGAGGUAUUACUCGGGAAAGUCAAGGUCGUUCGUAUGCAUGGCCGAUGUGCAAUGCCUCGAAGAUCUCAAGAAACAAGAACGCCAGGACGUCAAGAAAAGGAAGUACUUGGAGAGGAAAGAAGCACCAUUUCCUCCGUACCCAUGUCGAAGUGCAUCUAGCAGCACCCAAUGCCUCAGUAGUUGCAUCGGCGUGUAGAUACCAUAGGUUACUUGAGGCAUCUCUCUCUCUCUCUCUCUCUCUCUCUCUCUCUUCUCUCUCUUUCUACUUGUUCAUGCUGUGUACAUAAACCAGAUUUGAAUGAAUUGGUGACAAAGUUGGACCUGGACAGAAAUUGGAUCGAAAAAGAUUUCCUUCA